CCAAAAAACAAGUGCGAGUUCGUGACCACGCCUACGAUGACUACAUGGAGAUCGAGAAAAAAGUCCGCAAAGUCCUCAAAUUCCAAGGAGUUUGGGUUGCCGGAUGAUUUUGAAUCGUCGGUUAUUCUGAAUCACCACCAAUUUUUCCGGUUGUUUGAUGCUGAUGAGACGAGGAAUAAGUACAUUGAGAUGGUGGAGAGGGAUUGCACUGAAGGUGUUUGUGAAAUUGAUCGAGUGAGGGAAAGAGAGUAUCGAGAGAGGGGGGUGGACGCCGAGGAAAUCCGGAUCUCGUUCGUCGUGAAUUUCCCCCCGGGGUUCAAAAUCGGGAAGUAUUACAAGCAAUGGCGGAUCCAGGAUUCAUAAACGGGUGGGGCGAAAUAUACAUUAGUAGGUUGGUUUAGGGCAAAAAUGACAAUUUUUUUCGAUUUUCGGGGCGACGUCAGGGCAGACGGAGGGGGCGACGCCGGGACAUGGUAGUUUUACGUCCGGAUAAAAGGAAAUUAGGCGCACGGAGGGGGUGACCGCCCCCUCCUGCCCCUAGAUCCGCCAGUGAUUACAAGAUCGCGAUGUGGAAAUGGCAGCGGCUGCCAUAUUGGUCGCCUUACGAGGAUGUGUCGGGGUAUGAUAUGCGGUCGCUGGAGGCGCAGCGGAGGAUGGAGAAGAGGGCGGUGGCGAUGAUCCACGAGCUGCUGACGUUGACGGGGGAGAAGAAGAUGACGUUGGAGAGGAUAGCCCGUUUUAGGAUGAUGAUGGACUUGCCGAAGAAGCUGAAGGAGUUUGUGCUGCAGCACCAGGGGAUAUUCUACCUGUCGACGAGAGGGAAUCACGUGAAGCUGCACACGGUGUUUCUGAAGGAUGCAUAUCGGAAAGGGGAGCUGGUGGAGCCGAAUGAGCUGUAUCUUGCGAGGAGGAAGCUGGCUGAGCUGGUGCUUGUCAGUCCGAGGAAAGCUCGGAUGGGACCUGAGUUGGCUAGCUACCGGAGGGACGGACUGGAUGAUCAUACGAGGGAUGUCGGGAGAGAGUUGGAUGAUUACUCGGAUGAGGAUGAGAGCUGUAGUGGAAGUGAUAUGGAUGAGUCUUGCAAAUCAGAGUGACAACAUCUUAACGGCUUUAGUCCUCAGAUCAUGGGCCGAUUUAGAGGAAACUUUGAAUUCAAAAUCAUAGGGCGGUUGGAGGGAAACAACAGCGGCUUUAGUCAUCAGAGCAUGGGGCGAUUUAGCCUCUCUGAUCUGAUCUUGGGGGGUGGGCUUGAUUAGGGCUGAGGAAAAAUACCGAAAUACCGACCUUAUUUUACCGAGAAAAUACUGAAAAUAUCGAAUUUUCGGUAUACCGUGACUUUCGGCACGGUAUGAUAUCUUACCGAAAGAUUCCGGUAAGGUAACCGUACGAAUUUUCAAAUACCGCGGUAUACCGUUGCAUACCGAAAUUUGGUAUAUACCGUAAAUUAAGGU